AUGCAGCCACUCAUGGGUCAUCUCCCUCGAGAUAGAGUGACAGCUGCAUUUCCUUUUGAAACUACGGGAAUCGAUUACGCGGGUCCUUUCCAAAUUAAGGAUCGUAAAGGAAGAGGUUGUAAGGUAUCAAAAUGCUACAUAUGUCUGUUCGUAUGCUUUGCCACUAAGGCUAUGCACCUCGAGUUGGUGUCGGACUUAACAGCGGAAGCAUUCGUAGCAACUCUGAGACGUUUCGUGUCGCGUAGGGGAAAACCGUCGCGAAUUUAUUCAGACAACGGAAAAAACUUCGUAGGCGGAAAUAAUGCUCUCAAAGAGCUUGGUAAGUUUUUGAUCGAAGAAGCAAAGGUCAUAAGUGAAUUGAUGGCAGACUAUGAAAUCGAAUGGAAUUUUAUCCCAGCAUACUCGCCUCAUUUCGGUGGCCUAUGGGAGGCAGGGGUAAAAUCCGUAAAGUACCAUUUAAAAAGAUUCGCGGCCAACGCAUUGUUAACUUUCGAGGAAUUUUACACCUUGCUCGUACAAGUAGAGGCCGUUCUAAAUUCCCGCCCAUUAACUCCUCUGUCAUCCAAUCCUGACGACCUUUCUCCAUUAACCCCCGCUCAUUUUCUUAUUGGUCGGCAAUUCAACUCCGUUGUCGACCCAAGUUUGCAGCAUAUAAAGGAGUCUCGACUCCCUAUUUGGCAAAGAGUGCAGCAGAUUGAGCAAAAUCUGUGGGAGCGAUGGAACAAGGAGUGUAUAUCAGAAAUGCAGCAGAGAACCAAAUGGCGAUCUCCAUUUCCUACUCUGCCACGAGGCACGCUCGUUCUAAUCAAAGAAGACAACCUUCCACCAGCCAAGUGGAGAUUAGGAAGAAUCGAGGAUACGCAUGCUGGCAGCGAUGGCAUAGCUCGAGUUGCGUCUAUACGCACCUCUUCGGGCAUUAUUCGACGCGCAUUUGCGAAAUUGUGUCCAUUACCUUUGGAUGAGGAGAAGAUUGUAUGA